AUGCCUCACGCUACUCAGAACCAGGCCCAGGAGGCCCCGGAAGAUGCGGAGUUUGACAAUGUUAUGCGCCAACUCAACAAUUAUGAAGGCGGACCGCAGUUUGACUUCAUGAACCGAGAUUUGGAUGUUGGAGAGAAGGCGGAUGACGCGGUCGACUACGAAGACUUUGAAGAUGAUGAGCUUCCUGAGGAAGAAGAACCGGAGGCACUGCGGCGACCCGCUGAGAACGACGCGCAUGAUGAUCUUUUCGCGGACAUGGGAGGUGAUGAUGCUGGGCUUUUUGGACCAAGUGACGACAUCUUUGGAGGCACCGGCGAAGGCGAACAGACACAGGACGACAAUCUCGAUGAUUUGUUUGGUGAAGGGCCCUUUUCACCUCCUCUUGCUGGCCAGGUGGAUGAUACUCGGGACCUCUUUGAAGAUGAAGAGCCAGCGUUGUCAACACAGCCCGUCGAGCUACCACCGAUCCCGCCUGUGAAGGAGACUUCAGAUCAGCCUAUGGUCGAGGAUGUGGAUGAAGAUGAUAUUCUUGACGAUGCUAGUGUCCUCUCCGAGGAAAUGGAUGAGGCGACUCUGCGAGCGUGGAAGCUCCAACAACAGUUGUUCGCGAUGUCCGGGAGGACAGGGCCCGACCAUCUACCAGCGCCACCCGAGAAUCACGAGGAGCUCCUACACUCCCUGUUCCCCAGCUUCGACCGCAACACUCUCCCCCGUUGGCUAGAGAUUAUCCCACACAAGAAGGCGUACUACCUCGGAAAACAGCCCCUCAAAGUCCCCAAGCCCGUUCUCCCCACAAAAGUCAACAUCGAACUAGCCCCCGACCAGGAGCGCGUGUUCAGAACCGGCCAGUCGAACAAACGUGGUCUGGACCAGGAAGCGCUGGGCAUUGUGGUUAUUACCGAAGCUGCCCAGGAAGAGGCGGAGGAGGAUGAGGACAACGAAGACUUUGACAUGGGUGAGGCCGAUGCGGAUGAGAUACUCCCUGGAGGAUUCACCAUGCAGGAUCUCCGGACCAUCUGCGUUGAUUGGGAGGUCAAAGAUGAGAUCUCCUCGACCACAGAGGAAACGCCUGCUAUUUUGAAUGCUACAGCCCCGCAUGACUCGACCGACCUAUUCGACGACGAGGUAGACUGGCUGAUGGAAGAAAAUCCGCCAGUUAAGAAGCGCAAAACCGGCCCAACACCCAUCGACGUUAUUGCCUUGUCCCACCUUGAUAUUCCGCUCCUAGAUGAGCCUGAACAGGCGGUUUCGCAGAUCGCCAAAAGGGUCACUAUCGACAUGAACGACCCGAACAUUCUUGUGGAAGAAUUGAGACCAGACGCGGUACUUCCCAAACCGAAACAAACUGGUCCCCGGAAUAGGGAGGAUGUGGACACAAAUCUUACCCGCAAACUUACUUCCCGAUACAACAUCUCGAAUGACCAAGCAUACGACAUGCUCAAGCAAAACCACCAGAACAAGAUUCGGAGUACUCUUGGAAACGUCACGCUGGAGCAUGCCAUGCCAGCCUUGCGCUUGCAGUGGCCCUACUACAAGACUGAGUUGCAAAAGGCGGAAGCCCGAUCCUUCCACAGGCCGGCUUUGAAUUUCCGUACCGGUCAGACAUCCUGGUUUAAGAACCCAGCGCAUGUCAAACGCAAGCACCUCAAGGGCAAGGACGCCAAAUCACUAUUUGAUUCAACCAAAUCACUUUCACUGGCAGACAAUUCCAGUGUGCUCCUAGUGGAAUAUUCAGAGGAGGUUCCCAUGGUGCUCUCCAACUUCGGCAUGUGCAACCGAUUCAUCAACUACUACCGAAGGAAGAACCCCGAAGAUCCUACUCGCCCGAAGGCAGAAAUUGGCGAAACGGCCGUCUUGCUGCCGCAGGAUAAAAGUCCUUUCUCUAUCUUCGGGCAUGUUGACCCGGGUGAGAUUGUCCCGGCAAUCUCCAACUCAAUGUACAGGGCGCCAUUGUUCCCGCACACAGCCAAGUCGACCGAUUUCCUGGUUAUUCGCAGUACGACUGGCUCGAUGGGGAUGAGCUAUUACAUCCGCAACAUUGAGAACUUUUACAUCGCGGGACAGCAGUUCCCAUCUGUUGAUAUUCCCGGCCCUCAUUCGCGCAAAGUCACCACCGUCGCUAAGAAUCGAAUGAAGAUGCUUGUCUACCGACUCCUUAAGAAGAGUUCUGACGAGCGACUCGCAAUCUCUGAUGUCACGGCCCAUAUUCCCGGCACCACCGAUAUGCAGAAUCGUCAGAAAGUCAAAGAUUUCUUGCAACAUGACAAGGAUACCAAAUAUUGGAAACCUUUGGAUCCAGUCCUCCCUGACCAAGACACCAUCCGGUCGUGGGUUCAGCCAGAGGAUGUUUGUCUGCUAGAAUCUAUGCAGGUUGGCCAGCAACAUCUUCACGACACCGGUUUUGGCAACGACGCCGAGAAUGGCAAUGAGAAUGAUGAAGACGAGGAAGGUGAGAGCUUCGAGCAGCUGAUGGCUCCUUGGAAGGCGUCUCGCAACUUCUUGCUGGCUUCGCAAGGCAAAGCCAUGUUGAAGCUUCAUGGCGAAGGUGAUCCCACUGGUCGUGGCGAAGGUUUCAGUUUCAUCAAAACCUCGAUGAAAGGUGGCUUCAAGGCCAUCGGCGAAAGUGUUGAAGACAAACUGGAUGCACAACGGCUUAAGGAGCUAGGUGGACACAGUUAUAAUGUCGCACGUCAACAAAAAUCAUACGAAACCUCAAUCCGCCGAAUCUGGGACGCCCAAAAGGCAAGUCUGUCGUCCACUAUCGAGCACUCAGACGACGAGAGCGAUGUCGAUCAAGGGGAGAUUGAAGAAUUCAACAAGCCUACCCCACGAUCAGAAGCUCCAACCCCUGCACCCACUCGUCGAUACGAUGAUGAAACAACCAGUCAGUUCAGUCGGAUGAGUUUCACAAGUCAAAAAGGCAAAGUCCUCCGCAUCACCCGCCAAUUCAAGGCCCCCAACGGAGAGAUCCUGGAAAAAGAACAACUUGUCUGGGACCCGCGUGUCAUCAGACAAUACAUCCAGCACCGCCACCGCUCCGAAGCUCUCACCACCAAGUUGGAAUCUCUGCAACCAACCGGUGAUCCCGAGGUGGAUGCUCGUAACCGCAAGCUGAUCGAGGCCGAGCUAAGCCGUCUCAACCGUAACAAGGAACGUCGCUUCGCUCGCGAGAAGCAAAAGGGCAUCUCUCGUGCCGGCGAAUCACCUGCGGAUGGCAAACCCGCCGGAACGCAACGCAAGUGCGCCAACUGUGGCCAGGUCGGACACAUCAAGACGAACAAGAAGCUUUGCCCCCUGCUGAACGGUACGAUGAAGCCGGAGGACCGGGUAACAGACUCAGCAUUCUCCAUGAGUGCGCCGAUCCUCUAA